AUGUUGGUGUACCAGGAUCUCCUUACGGGUGACGAGCUUUUGUCGGACUCUUACCCGGCCAAGGAAAUUGAGAAUGGAAUGUUGUGGGAAGUUGAGGGGAAGUGGGUUGUCAAGGGAGCUGUUGAUGUGAACAUUGGUGCAAACCCUUCUGCCGAAGGUGGAGAAGAUGAGGGUGUUGAUGACACUGCUGUUAAGGUGGUUGACAUUGUUGAUGUAUUCAGACUUCAGGAACAACCUCCUUUUGACAAGAAGCAGUUUCUUGGUUUUGUUAAGAAGUAUAUUAAGUUGUUGACUCCCAAACUAGAUGCUGAGAAACAAGAGCAUUUCAAAAAGAAUAUUGAGGGAGCAACCAAAUACCUCCUUGGCAAGCUUAAGGACCUUCAGUUCUUUGUUGGUGAGAGCAUGCAUGAUGAUGGUAGCUUGGUCUUUGCCUACUACAAGGAUGGUGCUGCUGAUCCAACAUUUCUCUAUUUUGCUCAUGCUUUGAAGGAGAUCAAGUGCUAA